GUAUCUGUGCGUCAGUUCCUGCUGAUCUUCCGGAGGGUCGCAGCAGGUGAGCUGCAGGAGGAGAGCGGACUGAUGGCUCUGGCUCAACUUUCAGAGAUCGACGUCUCCACCGAAGUGGUUCUUGGAGCGAGGGCCUUCUUUGAGGCAAAGGUUCAGGCUCUGUCUGUGCUCAGUAAGUUUGAGGCAGAGAUACGAGAGGAACAAGAAGAGAAGAAGAGGAUGGAACUUGAAAGAAAACAAUGGCAUGUUGCAUUUAAAGAGCUGCAGUCCACAUUCUGCUCCUAAACUAUUGCUCUUUUAUAGAGCACAGUUUACUUGCACACAAGCACACACACGCAUGCACACACUGCUUCUCGUACCUCACACCUAUGUGUAAUCAAAACCACAGCGGGACACUGAACAUGUAGCAUUAGCAUUAUUAGCCACUUACAGCUAUCCUGAAAUACAUAAUGAGGAAUUUGUUUUGCUGGUGCCGGCUGAGGAAAGACCAGAUGAUACAAGUGAAAUUUCAGGAGACUUCAACUCUAAUAGACUAGAUUGUUCUUUUAUUUUAAUCUAAGCAACUACAGUAUAUAUUUUUAGAAACUAAAAAGUUGUAAAACUAUUGUAAACUUAUUCAGUGUUAAUCAUAAUUUUAAAUACAUGCAAAGUUGGUGUUGUGGACUUUAUAUUGAUUAUGACCAACUGAGAAAAAAGAAACCAUGGAGACAAAGGGU